CAAUAUUCCUGCAAUAUUUAACAAACCAUAAAAAAGAAAAAGAAAUAUAUUUUCCAUUGUACAAAACGUGAUAAACACAAAAACCCCGCGAGCCACAAAUCAAAUCGAAAUUCUUUCAAAUUUUGAAAUAAAGCUCCUUCCCUCUCUCCCUUCGUAAUUGAGAAAUUCUGGAAACCCUAAUUCCCAAAAAUGGAGUUGCCGGCUCUCUACCAAAAACUCUACUCUAAAUACGCAACAUUAAAGACUAACAAACUCUCCCAAUUCGAAGAGGUUAAUAAGGAACAAGAACACAAAUUCCUCGAAUUCGUCUCCGCUGCCGAAGAGUUGAUAGAUCACUUGAGGAGUGAAAAUGACAAGCUUCUUGGAAAAAUCAAUGAUUUGGGAAAUGAAUUGACUUCUGUUAGGCUUGCCAAAGACAAUCAGCUUGUUGAACAUCAAAGGCUUUUAAUGGAGAAAACCAAGAAAAAUGAAGCCCUUUUUGAAGAAGUUGAGAAGUUGCAUAAGCUUCUUAAGGAAGGAACUUCUGGUGAUUUAAAUAACCACAGUAAGGUCAUGAACAAUACCUCCAAUAACUCAUCUGUAAGAAUGACAAGAAAACGUAUGAGGCAGGAACAGGAUGCACUGGACAAAGAAGCGGAGCUUAUACCAUGUGAAAAUUAUGAAGGUAAUUCUGUGGAGAGAGAGUCAACACAAAGCUUUCUCAAGGAGAAUGCUUCAAAUAAGCCAUUGGAGUGCUCUACGUCUAAGGCUAAUGAUCAAUCAGGUCUUGAUUUACAAGAAAGUGGUCGUAAUAACUGGCUUGUUCAUGCUCUUUUUGAGUAUACAUUGGAUAUGAAAUUAUCGACUGACAAUCAAACUGGACGAUUAUGUCUUUUUGCAAUGCAUCAAUCAAGUGGCUACUCCUUCAGUAUAUCAUGGAUUAGUAAAGCCCCUGGAGAGGAAGCAGAACUGCUAUACCAUGUUCAAUCUCUAGGCACACUUGAAAGGUUAGCACCAGAAUGGAUGAGGGAGGAUAUCAUGUUCAGCCCAACCAUGUGCCCCAUAUUCUUCGAAAGGGUAUCGCGUGUUGUAAAUCUGAAACACUGAAGAUGCUUUACGUCCAAAUUAUUGGGGACAGAUUGGGAGGCGCAAGUAAAAAUACAAGAAGCAUUCAUGGACUGCACCUAAUCAACAAGAAAACUAUUCCAUUUUAUUAUUAAUUUCGUACUAUUUUUAGGCUCAAUUUUUUUAUGCCACUGUGUUCUCCUAGCCUUACUUAACGUUGUCAAUUAGUGCUUCAAGUCAUGUUAUAGUGGCUAGUGAUAUUUAUUUCCUAGUUUGUGGUUGCUUUCUAGGUAGAUGCACUUAUCAAUGCUAUUGGUAAAUACAUGGUAGAAAGUUACUUCUACCUUUUAAGCUUAGCCUAUAAAUAUUAAUAUUAGACUUCACUUUUAAUCAA